AUGCUCACCCUCAUUAGCGCAACCCCCUCCCCCUACGCCCGCAAAGUCCGCAUAACCCUCGCCGAAAAGAACAUCCCCUUCACGCUCCAAACCGAGGUCCCCUGGGACUCCACAACCAAGACGCCGCAAUACAACCCCCUCGAGAAGCUCCCCGUCCUUAUCCUCGAGAAUGGCAAGGAAGCCGUCUACGAGUCCCGCUUCAUACUCGAAUACAUAGAAGCCAAGUACCCCGACACAAAAUCCAUGUUACCCCCCGCCGAGGACGUCGAUGCGCGCCUCUUCGCGCGCAAGGUCGAGGUGCUCGCGGAUGGUAUCUGCGACGCGCUGGUGCUGCUGUUCUUCGAGAAGCAGCGCGCGAAUCCGAGCAAAGAGUGGCAGGCGCGGCAGCUGCGGAAGGUCGAUGGUGGGCUCGCGGCUCUAGCGAAGUGGGUAGAGGGCAGAGACUACGUUGUGUGCGACAGCUUCGGGCUGGCGGACGUUGCGGCGGGCUCUGUGUUGGGAUAUCUGCGUGUCAGAUGGCCGGAUCAUCCGUGGAUGGAGAGACAUCCGGAACUGAAGGCGUAUAGCGAUAAGUUGGAGGAGAGACAGUCGUUCAAGGAAACGGUGCCCUCGCCGCAGAAGAUCAGUGAUAAGAUUGUAUAA